AACAAGGCGGCGAGCAGAGCCACGCCAAAGCGUGGGGAAGCCUCCAAGCCGCGGGCGAUCCCGCCGAGGCGUCGUCGUCCACCGCCUCCUCCUUGUACUCUUCGUCCCUGCUGUCAGGGCCGCCGCGCGCUUUAUAUACAGCCGACCCGCGUGCCUGGGCUCGCUGCCUGCCAGCAGCAAGCAAGCGCCGAGGCGGAGCUCGCGAGGCAGAGGCUGACGGCGCCGAUGGAGUGGCUGGACGAGUACGAGAAGCUGGUGGUCCGGAUGAACACGCCCCGCGUGGUCAUCGACAAUGCCGUCUGCCCCACGGCCACGCUGGUGCAGGUGGACAGCGCCAGGAAGAGAGGGCUGCUGCUGGAGGCCGUGCAGGUGCUCGCCGACCUCGACCUGUCCAUCAACAAGGCCUACAUCUCCUCCGACGGCCGCUGGUUCAUGGACGUCUUCCACGUCACAGACCGCCUCGGCCGCAAGCUCACCGACGACAGCGUCAUCACCUACAUCCAGCAGUCUCUCGGGACCUGGAACGAGCCGGCCCGGCCGGCGGCGCUCGAGGGUCUGACGGCGCUCGAGCUCACGGGGCCCGACCGCACGGGGCUCCUGUCCGAGGUGUUCGCCGUGCUGGCCGACCUGCAGUGCGGCGUGGUGGACGCCCGCGCGUGGACGCACCGCGGCCGCCUGGCGUGCGUCGCCUUCCUCCGCGGGGAGGGCGACGCCGACCGGGUGGCGCGCAUCCUCGCGCGCCUCGGCCACCUCGUCCGCGGUGACGGCGAGGCCCCGGGCGCCGUGGCAGCCGUGCCCGCCGCGGCGGUCGCGCACGUCGACCGCCGCCUCCACCAGCUCAUGGCCGCGGACCACAACAACAGCGCGACGCCGUACCCGGCCGCGGCCGUGUCCGUGCAGAGCUGGGCCGAGCGCGGCUACUCCGUGGUGACCGUGCAGUGCCGCGACCGCCCCAAGCUGCUGUUCGACGUGGUGUGCGCGCUCCACUGCCUGGACUACGUCGUCUUCCACGGCACCGUCGACACCGCCGCCGGCGACCGCGCGCGGCAGGAGUUCUACAUCCGCAGCGCCGACGGGAGCCCCAUCCGGUCCGAGGCCGAGAGGGAGAGGCUCGCCCAGUGCCUCCAAGCCGCCAUAGACCGGAGGUCGCUAGAGGGCGUGAGGCUGGAGCUGUGCACGCCGGACCGGCCGGGGCUGCUGUCCGAGGUGACGCGGACGUUCCGCGAGAACGGGCUGCUCGUCGCCCACGCGGAGGUGUCGACGAAGGGGGGCCUGGCCUCCAACGUUUUCUACGUGACCGACGCGGAUGGCAAGGCGGCGGGCCAGAGCGCCAUCGAAGCUGUCAGGGCGAGGGUCGGCGCGGACUGCCUCGUCGUGGGCGAGGAGCCCCGGCCGCCGCGCGUGUUCCCGGAGGCCGGGCCUGGCGACCGUGACCACGGCGGCGGCGGCCUUGGGCUGGUCUACCUCGGCAACCUCGUGAAGCGGAACCUGUACAACCUCGGCCUCAUCAAGUCGUGCUCGUGAACUCGGCACCAAGAAAAGACACGGGCGGUUUCUCAAGGAGACCCACCCGCCAUUGACGUACUGUGUACGUACAAGAUCGAGGAACCGGCGCCGACGGCAUCAACUAAACACCGCGACAUGGAGCGCCGCUCAAGCAGGGUGAAAUUCGGGUCGGGCAUGGUGUUGUACUCGAGAGGAAAUGUCGUCGUCCGUCAUCAACAGGCACCGACGCCAUGGAUGGACGGACGGUCGGACACUGACGACGGUUGAGGAGGGGUGAUUAGCAAUAGGAAUUUGUGUAGCCAUCUGCCAUGUACAUAGACAAAUUCGUUGUUGUCGGUACCAGUAGAAGAAGUAGCGCGUAGCCGUGUAGUGGGUGCAUUCAUCGUAUUUAACUUCUGUCAUAUUUACGGAACAGGCACAUCAUUUUUUUU